UAGUAGGAGUGAGUGUAACGCUGAUCUUUACAAAUGUUUAAUUUUAAGGGUUCUCACUCUCAUCCUGUUACAGCGUCUGCAGAAUUACCUUAAAAGUGAUGAACCAAGGGUGGAGAGAGCACCAGAAAAUAUGAGAGAGAGAGAGAAAAGAACAGAUUUGAACAGUGACUGAGAGGAGCAAAGGCAUCUUUCACUCAAACUACAUCUGAGACUCGACUCGUCAUCAUCUUCAUCAUCAUCAUCAUCAUUCAGACUCGUCUGCACAUCAUGACCCCUCCCUCGCUCUUGAUGUUGCUGAUGGUGGUUGCCAUGGUAGCUGCCGUCAGAGAGAAUGAACUGGAUUAUGGGCACUGGAACUACAGAGAAGGAGCGGACAGUGUAAAUGUGGCCUCAGUGCGCAGCGUGACCAGAGUUUUAGACGCUUGGGGAAAACGCAUCUUUAAUGAGAUCAAGACUCUUCUGCACUCACAGCCCAGCACACUCCUGCCCGACUACUCCAGGGUGCGCCCUCUGUCCGAGUCAGUGAACGACCUGUUUAGAGAAGUCUCCCUGCUGCACCGGCGCAUCACUGAGCUCUCUCAUCGCCUAGCAACACUGGAACCCUUCCUCCGUCACCACGGCUACCGGGAGGAGGGGGAGGAGGCGAAGGAGGCGGAGGAGGGUGUUGGGAUUCUGGCACCUCAGAGCCUGAGAGGAGAGGUGGCGAGCCUGGCCCGAAACACUCCAGGGACGGGGGUGAGGCGUACCUCUCCGAGAAGGAGCCGGGUGGUGAGGAGGAGACGGGUGAGAGUCCUGAAGAACGGAGAAGUGAUGCUGGUUCAGAGUGACAGAUGAAGAAAUGAAAAAAAAAAGAAAGCUCUGCCAAUAUUAUGUAAUCUAUGAAAUUCAUCAUUGAACUGUAUAGAUGUAUUUUUUUUUAAUGAAAUAUUAUGUUUCAGGUUGCCCUGUGAGAUUGAUCUCUUUAAUAAAAUGUCAUCACUU